CAGCAGCACUUCCGGGUUGGGAGAAAGGUGGCAGCGCUUUCGGAGGGUUAGAACCUGCAAAUGAAGAACGCAAUGUGGAAACAGCUGAAGAUUCCGAAACAAGGUAUUUGUAUGCAGAUUCAGGAGAUGCCGAUGAUUCAGAUGCGGAUUUGGGUUCUGCGGUCAGACAGCUUCAGGAAUUCAUUCCUAACAUCAAGGACAGGGCCACCAGCACAAUCAAGCGGAUGUACCGGGAUGACUUAGAAAGGUUUAAGGAAUUUAAAGCACAAGGUGUCGCUAUUAAAUUUGGCAAGUUUUCUGUGAAGGAAAAUAAGCAGUUAGAGAAAAAUGUGGAAGACUUUCUAGCCCUGACAGGCAUCGAGAGCGCAGACAAGCUGCUGUACACGGACAGAUAUCCCGAGGAAAAAUCUGCGAUCACCAACUUAAAAAGGAGACACUCGUUUAGAUUGCAUUUAGGUAGGAACAUUGCCCGGCCCUGGAAGCUUAUAUACUAUCGAGCAAAGAAGAUGUUCGAUGUCAACAAUUACAAAGGCAGGUAUAGCGAAGGAGACACUGAGAAGUUAAAGAUGUACCAUUCUCUCCUUGGGAAUGACUGGAAGACGAUUGGUGAGAUGGUGGCCCGAAGUAGCCUCUCCGUGGCCCUGAAGUUCUCGCAGAUCAGCAGUCGUAAGUGGCAGCCACCAGUGCCCACCUCGCUGAAGAAAAGGACAGAAAUUCUAACCAAGAGGAUGACUAAUGGUCGGCGCAUAUACUGUGGCGUUAAUGCCCUGCGGGCCAAGGUCAGCCUUAUUGAAAGGUUGUAUGAAAUAAAUGUGGAAGAUACUAAUGAAAUAGACUGGGAAGAUCUUGCUAGUGCCAUAGGUGAUGUUCCUCCAUCUUAUGUUCAAACGAAAUUUUCUAGGCUGAAAGCUAUCUAUGUUCCAUUUUGGCAGAAAAAGACUUUUCCAGAGAUCAUCGACUACCUUUAUGAGACGACUCUACCUUUGCUUAAAGAAAAGUUAGAAAAGAUGUUGCAGAAAAAAGGCACUGAAAUCCAGACUCCUGCAGCACCCAAGCAAGUUUUCCCGUUUCGAGACAUCUUUUAUUAUGAAGACGAUAGUGAAGGAGAGGACAUAGAAAAAGAAAGUGAAGGCCAGGCGCCGUGGCUCACGCCUGUAAUUCCAGCACUUUGGGAGGCUGACGCCAGUGGGUCAUCUGAGAUCAGGAGUUCCAGACCAGCCUGACCAACAUGGUGAAGACCUGUCACUACUAAAAAUGCAAAAAUUAGCCGGGUGUGGUGGUACUCACCUGUAAUUUCAACUUGGGAGGCUGAGGCAGGAGAAUCAGUUGAACCCAGGAGGUGGAGGUUGCAGUGAGCCAAAGUCGCACCACCACAUGAGAGAGAAAUUACUAUUUCUUGUCCCUUUUUAUCAGUUUGAUUAUAUUUAUAUAUAUAUAUGUGUGUCAGUAAAUCUGUUUUCAGUAUUGAUGUUUAAUAAAGAAUGUACAAUGGCCAGAGUUCUGCUCUUUCCUCUGGAGCAUUAAAAUGUAUUGCCAUUCAUAUUAAAGUGUAUUUGAAUGUGAAAAGAAAGAGGAACAUAUGGAUUGAUUUAAUAAAUAAUUACAACCAA